AUAUUUUGCCGGAAAAUUUCAAAUGGUUGAUCAAAAUAAAUUCUACCUUUUAAUGGUUUUAUGUCAACCACACGGGUAGGUAUAAUGGCAGUUAGCCAGAAAUAUUUAAAAAAUAUAAUAAUUAACAUUUAAGAAGUAAGGUAGUUCUGAACAGGACCAAAAUCCCUGAGACUAGUGAGGGGAAUAAAACUUCAAAGUUCCGUAAAAUUAAAGCGAAAGUUGGAACAUCGAACAAGUGUUAAAAGAUACAAAGGUGAAACGGAAAAACAUAAGUUCAGAAGUAUGAGUCUCUCAGUGAAAAUUUCAAAGGAAAGAUUCACUUCACAGAACUACAAAACCACCCCCAAGACAAAUGGCAACCUCUGCAAACCAGUCAUCAUUGAUAUCCGAAAAACAUUCUUUGGUUGGUUUUCACAUGAAAGACAGUCGGCCUCCAGGGACAUCGAGCUGCUAGUGGAAACUUUUCAGCAAUUAGGGUUUCCAGACUACCAUUUAGUUAGUGACCAGAAUUCCCGUUUAGAAACUGACCCCCUGUACUCCAUUGAAAACUUAAAGGAUGAAUUGCAAAGCAUCGCCAGUGAUGAAGGCAUUACUACAGACUCAGAACUCUUUCUGUGUGUAGUAUUGGCGUUUGGGGAUUCUGGGUAUUUUUAUUUACCCAAUGAUCCAAUAAGUGAUUGCCAACCCAGAGAUGGGAAACCUCCAAGAUUUUAUACGAGUGAUCUGUUGUCCCACUUUAAAGCAGAUGUAUGUCCAAGUUUGAUUCUAAAGCCAAAGAUUUUCCUUAUUCAGACAUGUGACCCCAACCUGAAGCAAAAGGACAAAUCUUUAUUUGGGGACAUUUCAGAACCGACCCCCCAGCUCCACAGAACCCCGACAGAGGCUGACCUUCUCAUCUACCACUGUCUUGUGUCAGGCGGUUAUACAGAUAAAAUGAAGAAAGAGACAAAGGAAUCCCUUAAAAAUAUUAUCGACCAUGUUGGAGACGAGAAUGGUAACUCUGCGUGUCAGUUCGUAUACACUCUUUACAAGGAGGUCAAGGCUCUCAUUGAUAGAGCAGAAGAGUUCGAAUGGACCGACCUAAUACUUAACAUUAAUAAUUCAUUGAUGGAGUUCAUCGAUGAUGAAACCGGUCAUUACAAAUCAGACGAAUGGAACAAACCGUGGAAUAUAGAACCUCGGAUUCCUGUGUGUGUCGACCAACUCACAAAGAAACUAGUGUUAAAAACUAGAUAGGACCAAAUAAUUCCUAAAGUGUCAAAUGUUUGAACCAGCAGACGAAGAAACUAGAACAGAAAGCUGAUUAAAAUACUAUACAUAUGUGCCUAUAAUCUAGAUAUGAUUCCACUAUUUCAGUAUUUCUGUUUCUUUUUUACUAUUUGUAAGCUCGACAUCUGGAAUAUGUGUACAUGCAGCUCUUUUAACUUUAUGAGGUUUUUGUGACGUCACUUCCGGUUGCGAUAUUUGAACUAUUCUGGUCUGCUUUUUCAUUGGUUUUCUCGAAAACGAUUCAAGGUAGAUACAUGUACCUGGAAGUGGAAGUUUCAGCAAUACUAGAAGAAUGUCUUUAGAUGUGCCAUAUGCAUAUCAUUGAUACAUGCAACGGUGCUCACUAUAUUUUUGGAUCAAGGAUUGAGCUCAUUUACAAGUUCUAUGUAAUAUGUAAAAAAAAAACCAAAAAAACCAAAAAACCUGUAUUUUUGCAAUAAAUAUCCAACAUUUUCAAACUUACUUGCCCUUUUCUUCUUUACAGGCCCAUUACAUGAUUAUAAAAUCAAACAUUUUUUUUAAAAAAUUUUUUUGCAUGGAUAGCGGAACAAUAUAUUAUCAACUGAAAGUGCAAGUUGCUUCCCUUUUCGUGUAAAUUGUUUUUAAACAUUCUUGAUAUACACAGUAAACUGUCAUACAGGGGGUUAGAUUCUCGAUCACGGCGCCGCCUCUAACCUUAGACGUUAAAACAAAACACCCUUCAGUUGCUAUUUGAACUGUAGUUUGUUAUUAUACUUAGUUCUUUCUUUGUAUUUGAUUAUUCCUAAGGUUUUUUUUAUAUGUUAUUAGGGUGAUUAUAUCAUUACAUUAGGCGUUAUACAAUGUAUAAUAAUAAUAAUAAUUAUGCAUUUUAAUUCUGACAAUGUGAAUAUUUUAUUCACAUGUAUGUGCACAUCGAUUUUAUAUUAUCUUUUCUCUCACAUUUGUUAGUUCUUUAGAGAACAAAUAUUGAUAGGGCGCUAUAUAAAUCUUUUAAUUACAAUUACAACAUAGACAGUGACUGCGUUGCCUAUAACCUUAGACGUUUAACAUAGACAGUGACUGCGUCGCCUCUAACCUUAGACGUUUAAGAUAGACAGUGACUGCGUCGCCUCUAAUCUUAGACGUUUAACAUAGACAGUGACUGCGUCGCCUCUAAUCUUAGACGUUUAACAUAGACAGUGACUGCGUCGCCUCUAAUCUUAGACGUUUAACAUAGACAGUGACUGCGUCGCCUCUAAUCUUAGACGUUUAACAUAGUGACUGCAUCGCCUCUAACCUUAGACGUUUAACAUAGACAGUGACUGCGUCGCCUCUAAUCUUAGACGUUUAACAUAGACAGUGACUGCGUCGCCUCUAACCUUAGACGUUUAACAUAGACAGUGACUGCAUCGCCUCUAACCUUAGACGUUUAACAUAGACAGUGACUGCGUCGCCACUAAUCUUAGACGUUUAACAUAGACAGUGACUGCAUCGCCUCUAAUCUUAGACGUUUAACAUAGACAGUGACUGCGCCGCCUCUAACCUUAGACGUUUAACAUAGACAGUGACUGCGUCGCCUCUAAUCUUAGACGUUUAACAUAGACAGUGACUGUGUCGCCUCUAACCUUAGACGUUUAACAUAGACAGUGACUGCGUCGCCUCUAAUCUUAGACGUUUAACAUAGACAGUGACUGCGCCGCCUCUAACCUUAGACGUUUAACAUAGACAGUGACUGUGUCGCCUCUAACCUUAGACGUUUAACAUAGACAGUGACUGUGCCGCCUAUAACCUUAGACGUUUAACACAGUAGUGACUGUUCCUUUGCUAAGCGUCCGGCAUUAGAAAUGAAAGUCUAGGGUUUUCCCAUGUGACAUUGAAAACGGCGGUCCCUAAUCAUGGUAGGCUUUGGCACGACAAAGAUUGCUCACUCGCACGGCCUUCAGCGCCAUGCAUAGAUCAAAAGUUUGGUGCUUUCCUUACAGCUGGUGACGUUUUUUAAAACCUGAAUGAAAAUUCUCGAAUAGUACGUAGAACAACAUACGAUAUAUUGACAGAGCAUAAGUUCGAUAUACUUUUUUUUUUAGGUCGAUAUCUCUAGUUUGUACCGAAUCAAAAGGCUACAUUAUUAAAAUAUUUUUAUUUAUACAUUUAAUUCGAUAUUUUGAUUGAAUUAAACACUGUAUCCCU